AUGAGCAAUAUGAGCAGCACGGAGCAGAUGGUGGUGGCAGAGCAAGCCACAGUCUCCGCCCCGGGUUUCGUACCACCGUCAAUGCAACAACAUCAACAACAGCGAGCUGGACCGCUCUAUGAUGUGGCCAAGGUGGUGCGCGAUUUCUGGCCAGGACAAAUGAGGAAGAUUGAGCACAUGACUGAAAGCGAAAUGCGUGAACAUUGCAAGCACAUGGAAUUGCCGAUGGCUAGAGUUAAAAAAGUUAUGCGAAUAGACGAUGACGUCAGAUCGCAGAUGAUAAGUUCGGAUGCACCUUUACUUUUGGCUGCUGCAUCGGAAAUGUUCAUACAGGAAAUCACACUCCGUGCUUGGCAGCUAGUAGAGGAAGGACGUCGUAAAACUCUGCAGAAGGUGUAG